AUGGUUUCCCUCUGAAAACCAAAAACUUGGCCGCGUUUUGCCUGUGCCCUCGUAUGCUCAUGUUUCCCACUUUUGGUUUUGCUCCCUGCCUCUGUCGUCGUCGAGUCUGGGGUGUGUGUGGUAAUUGUUGUACGUUUGCUGCGUUUAGUGUGCGUUGCCGGCACCCGGUCCUGUCGUCCUGCCGUGGAACAAAUCUUCAACAUCUAUUGCUUUUGUUGCCGUCAUCUAGUGCGCCUUACCAUUGAAGCUUGAAGAGGGUGUGCCAAACACCAUACACAGCAAAGAGAAAGUUUUACGCGACAGAGAGUUCAUUAUUAUAACAGACGCAAAAAUCCUAAGCCUUGUGCUCUCCAACACCCUCAUCAAUGGGGAAAUCAUCGAAUCGGGAACGUGGUACCCCAAAAAAGAGCAAGAAGAAGAACAAGGUUGCUCCAGAUGUUGUAGCCAUGAAGGUUAAGGCCCCCAAAGAAAACCCUUUUGAGACCAUUUGGUCUCGAAGAAAAUUUGACAUAGUGGGAAAGAAACGUAAAGGCGAAGAACGGCGGGUUGGCAUGGCUCGUUCUCGUGGCAUUGAGAAAAGGAAUAAAACGCUGCUGAAGGAGUAUGAGCAGAGAGGGAAGUCGUCUGUGUUUGUGGAUAAGCGAAUUGGAGAGAAAAAUGAAGAUCUUGAUGAGUUUGGCAAAGCUGUUUUGAGAUCACAGCGUGAAUUCCAGUUGCGCUCAAAAUUGAACAAGAAAAGCAAGUAUAACUUGUCAGACGGAGAAGAAGAUGAUGACGAGGGUCUUGAAAUACCGGAAAGAGAUGAUUUUGAGGAUGAAAUGGUCUCUGAUGAUGAUGAUGCUGUUGAAACCGGUGAAACUGAGAACAAUUCAUCUGUAGUUGAUAUUAAUAAUAAUACGAGGAUUUCUGGAGAAGAGGGUGAGCCAAAUAAACAUAAAAGCAAGAAGGAGGUUAUGGACGAAAUUAUCUCAAAAAGCAAAUUUUUCAAGGCCCAGAAAGCAAAAGAAAAGGAAGAAAAUGAACAGUUGCUGGAAGAUUUGGAUCAGAAAUUUACUGCUUUAAUUCAGUCUAAAGCAUUAUUAUCUCUGACUGAACCCAGGAAGAUGAAUUCCUUGGGGGCUCUAGUGAAUAAGAGUAUUACGAUUGAACCUAGCAACAAAGAUAGCUUAUCUGGCACUCAGAAGAUAAAUACUCCUAUGGAGGAAAAACCUGAUGCUUAUGACAAACUUGUCAAAGAAUUGGCUUUGGAAAUUAGAGCUCGCCCCUCAGACAGGACAAAGACUCCAGAAGAGAUUGCUCAAGAGGAAAGAGAACGCUUGGAGCGAUUAGAGGAAGAGAGACAGAAGAGGAUGACUGCUGCUGAGGAUUCAAGUGAUGAAGAUGAUCGAAAUUCAGAAAAUCCACAAGAAGACAAACCAAAGUUGCUCUCUGGGGAUGACCUCGGUGAUUCCUUUUCUGUUAAUGAAGAAACUGUGAGAAAAAAGGGCUGGAUUGAUGAGAUCCUUGAAAGAGAAAAUGCAGCAGAUUCUGCUAGUGAGGAUGGUGAUGCUUCUGAUGAUUCUGAAAGCUCUGAAGAUGCGGAUGAAGGUUCUGAUGAGGAUCCUGAUGAAGAUGAAAAUAAUCUUUCUUUGAAGGAUUGGGAACAAAGUGAUGAUGAGGAUAUUGAGCCAAAUUUAGAGGAUGAAAGAGAAGAAGAUAGUGACGAUGAUGAAGAGAAAGAGAAAGAAGCAGAGCAGCAUGAUAGAGUCAAGGCUGAGAAGAAAAUGGAUACUACCCUUCUUAUAAAGGCAAGGACAAAAGAUAAUGUACAGAGUGUUAAAAAGGAUGGGGAUUAUUCAGAUUCCAAGAUGGAUUUAGGGGCUAAAAAAUCAUCAGCAAAGUCGGACAUUCCUUAUAUAAUUGAAGCUCCUAAAACCUUUGAAGAACUAUGUUCAUUGCUUGAUAACUGCUCAAAUUCUGACAUUGUCAUGGUUAUUAACCGAAUCCGAGCAAGCAAUGCAAUCAAACUUGCUGCAGAAAACCGCAAAAAGAUGCAAGUAUUUUAUGGCAAUUUGCUGCAGUAUUUUGCUGUUAUGGCAAAUAAAAAGCCAUUGAAUUUUGAGUUACUAAAUUUGAUGGGGAAGCCAUUGAUAGAAAUGAGCAUGGAGAUUCCAUUUUUUGCUACAAUAUGUGCUCGCCAAAGAAUAGAAAGGGCGAGAAAACAAUUGGUUCAGAGCUUAAAGAACCCAGAAAGUAGCAGUUGGCCUUCUUCCAAGAUGUUGUUUCUUUUGCGCUUGUGGUCCUUGAUAUUUCCAUGCACUGACUUUCGGCAUCCAGUUAUGACACUGGCAAUACUAUUGAUGUGUGAAUAUCUGAUGCGCUGCCCAAUAUUGUCUGGUCGGGAUGCUGCCAUUGGUGCUUUCUUAUGCUCCAUGCUUCUCUCUAUAUUUAAACAGUCGCGGAAGUUCUGUCCUGAAGCCAUAAUUUUUCUUAGAACUAUGCUGGUGAUGGCUACUGAAAAAAAAUCUUUUUCGGAUGAAGAUUCACAGUUUUAUCAACUUGUGGAAUUGAAAGCUCCCAAGCAUCUCUUGUGCAUGCAAGAGGCGAUAAAUGAGAUUAGUCCUCUGAAUUUCAUAAAGAUGAUUGACACUCCAGAGGACUCUUCUUUCUUCUCUUCAGAUGAUUUCAGGGCGAGUGCAUUGGUUGCAGUUCUUGAAACUCUACGAGGCUUUGUCAAUAUCUAUGACAGCUUAAGUUCAUUUCCUGAAAUCUUUUUACCAGUUUUGACGUCAUUAAGUCAAGUAGAAAAGGAGAAAAACAUCCCAAAUGCACUACGUGAUACAAUUAAAGAUGUUGCUGAGCUGAUUAAGUCGAAAGUGGAUGAACAUCAUGCUACAAGGCGACCACUUCAAAUGCGGAAGAAAAAACCAGAACCAAUCAAGCUGUUGAAUCCAAAGUUUGAGGAGAACUUUGUUAAGGGUAGAGACUAUGAUCCAGAUCGUGAACGAGCCCAAAGGAGGAAAUUGUAUAAAGAAUGGAAACGUGAGUCUAAGAGGGCUGCUAGUGAAUUAAGAAAGGACAGUACUUUCUUGUAUGACGUGAGGGACAAAGAGAAGGCUUUACUAAAUGAAGAAAGAGCAGAGAAGUAUGGAAGAGCAAAGGCUUUCCUUCAAGAACAAGAGCAUGCUUUUAAAUCUGGACAACUGGGAAAAGGAAGGAAGAGGAGGAGGUGAACCUGGCUUAUGAUUUUGAUAUAUUAGUUGGUAAUUAGUAAAAUCAUAUUAUAUUAAUUUGCAACCAAUUUUGAUAACUUUAUAUAAAAGAAAUCCAUCCUUUUACGAGAUUCCGGUAGAGGAGAGGGUCAACAUAUAAUUUUGUAUGCAUGCAAGUUAUAUAUUUGUAGUUGACGCGCAAGUGUAUGUUCUUUAUGGAAACAUUUUUCCUUUUAAACUGAAAUGGGAGAAAUGGCCAUUCGCAGUUCUUAGUUCUA